AGCGGUGCACUUUCCUUCAGAACUUCUUUGUUUUUCCAUCUCUCGCCCGCUGCCUGUGAUCUCUAUCAUACACGGUGGCUGGCUGCAAUUUUUUAAAACAUUUUUAUGAUGGCGGAGGACAGUGAAUCUGCGGCCAGUCAGCAGAGCCUGGAGCUAGACGACCAGGAUACCUGCGGGAUAGACGGAGACAACGAAGAGGAGAAUGAGCAUUUGCAAGGGAGUCCAGGGGGAGAUUUGGGGGCCAAGAGGAAGAAGAAGAAGCAGAAGAGGAAGAAAGAGAAGCCAAGCUCGGGGGGAGCCAAGUCUGAUUCUGCAUCUGACUCUCAGGAGAUAAAGAACCCUGGCUUGCCCAUUCAGAAGCUGCAGGACAUCCAAAGAGCCAUGGAGCUGCUGUCCUGCCAGGGUCCAGCAAAGAGCAUUGAUGAUGCAUCCAAGCACAAGUACCAGUUCUGGGACACCCAGCCUGUGCCCAAGCUAAAUGAGGUGGUGACGAGUCACGGGCCGAUAGAAGCUGACAAAGAAAACAUCAGACAGGAGCCAUAUUCCUUACCUCAAGGCUUUAUGUGGGACACUUUGGAUCUCAGCAAUGCAGAUAUACUGAAGGAGCUGUACACAUUGUUAAAUGAAAACUAUGUGGAGGAUGAUGACAACAUGUUCAGAUUUGAUUAUUCACCAAACUUUCUCAAAUGGGCUCUGCGUCCCCCUGGUUGGUUACCACAGUGGCAUUGUGGAGUGAGAGUGUCCUCAAAUAAGAAGCUUGUUGGCUUCAUCAGUGCCAUCCCUGCAGAUAUACGCAUCUAUGACACACUGAAGAAAAUGGUUGAAAUCAACUUCCUGUGUGUCCAUAAGAAGCUGCGUUCAAAGCGUGUUGCUCCAGUGCUCAUCAGAGAGAUCACACGGAGGGUGAACAUUGAAGGAAUAUUCCAGGCGGUAUACACAGCAGGAGUGGUGCUGCCUAAACCUGUGUCCACAUGCAGGUACUGGCAUCGUUCUUUGAACCCCAGGAAGCUUGUGGAAGUGAAGUUCUCCCACCUGAGCAGAAACAUGACUCUGCAAAGAACCAUGAAGCUCUACAGACUACCAGAUAGCACCAAGACCCCAGGUCUGCGGCCGAUGGAGAGGCGUGACAUCCGCCAAGUCACUGAGCUGCUACUGAAAUUCCUCAAACGCUUCGAGCUUGCUCCUUCUAUGGGAGACGAGGAGGUGUCUCACUGGUUCUUGCCACAGGACAACAUCAUUGACACAUUUGUAGUAGAGGGUGCCGGUGGUGUUCUGACAGAUUUCACUAGUUUCUACACUCUGCCCUCCACCGUGAUGCAUCACCCUCUACACAGGAGCCUGAAGGCUGCCUACUCUUUUUACAACGUUCAUACACAAACCCCACUACUGGACUUAAUGAAUGAUGCUCUGAUCCUGGCCAAGCUGAAAGGUUUUGAUGUGUUCAAUGCCCUGGAUCUAAUGGAGAAUAAAGUGUUCCUGGAGAAGCUCAAGUUUGGCAUAGGAGAUGGAAAUCUGCAGUAUUACCUCUACAACUGGAAAUGUCCCCCUAUGGACCCUGAUAAGGUUGGCCUCGUCCUUCAGUAGCAGCUCUCUUCCUGGCUGCUACACAAACACUGAUGAAGAGGUUUGUUAGUGACCUCUAGCUGAACCUAACCUGGACAUGCAGAUAGCCCAAGCUAGACAAUGAGAACUGUAAAACCAACCUGGAGACCGGAAGACGGUUCAAAAAACAUUCUGCUUUCACCUGGAGGUGAAAACUCUUAAAAUCAUCAACAUCCUGAAUGUGAAGUCAUGCUAUGCCUGAGAAACUCAUACAGUACAACGCUCCUGACAUGCACACUCACAUUUAAAACAUACAAGAGGAUGCCUUGACAUUGUGAAUUUUGUUUUCCUGAGCAGAAGCUUCGUUACCAUGGACUGGCAUGUCUUUUUAUUUCACUGACAUUGAACUAUGUAAAUGAUAAUCAACAAAGUAAACAUGACCACAAUACAUAAAGAUAAGUUAUUGUGUCCCCACUGAGGGUCUUCAAGGCAUUUAACACGUUAUUAUCCAUCUUUGUGGUCAGAGGUUAUCUGCUGGCUGUUUUGGCCCUCAGUAGAAUUAGAAAUGCUAAGAACGUGUUUCUGUGAUAGCUGACUUAUAGAAGAAAAAAACACUUUUCAUCAAGCAUUUAAAAAAAAAAAAAAAAAAUCAACUUUUCAUACAAACACUGUCAAACAACACACAUAUACACAAAAAGGAUAUCUUCGUGAAAGGACUCAUUCAACUGGUGUAUUUAUGUACAUGUUUUUUUGUUAAAAAUAUAGUUACCUGUACAUUUAAAGCCAGAUCAUAUUUAUUCCUGUAGUGUGAGUUUUGGGGUUUGGGAGGGCUGAUCCAAAGUGUUCUCCUCAUAGGUAGUGUAGAUGUCACUGAGUUUGUUCAGACAACGUUGGUUUAAAGUGGUUUUUGAUGAAGAAUGUAUUGCAUCAAUGAAGCACAAUUUUUGAGUUCCUAACAAGCAAAAGAGCCCUUUUUUUAAAGGGUCAGAUUUCAAAACAGAUUUGUUGCGUUACAUGUACAACCUUGGUUUUUACGAGGGAUGUGAGCUCUUGUUAUAAACCAGCUUCUAGACUUGAUUUUAAUAAAACAUAUAUGUAUAUUCGGCAUAGGGUUUAACCUGCAUGUGAAAUAUGUGUUGUUCAGUUAAAAAGGAAGCAAAAGUUACUGAGCCUAAAAAAAAUAGGAUGACACGCUGAGUGCAAAAGCAGGGCAGAGAAACAAAAAACUAUUAAACUACAACCAGAGUGGACUCAGCCUGAUUCAGAUUUAAUCAAAAAAUAAAAUCAAAAACAGUCUGUUAUUGUCCAGAGACACUUUUAAAGCAGAACUAUGGCUUACCUACUUUGAAAAUUGUUCCCAGUUAAGUCUUCUAGAAAGCAGCCAAGGUUAGUUUUCUUUUGUUAAGUUAGUCAUUGCCACUCACAGAGAAACUGCUUCUUACUUUCAGCUGCCUUUUGCAAGAAAUACAGCACUUAAACAUUUCUGUUGAUUAAAGGUAAAUAAACCAUCAGUUCCUUCACUUGAUGUAGGAUGUUUAACUCGGUUAAGUAUGACAAAUAGAACUGAUCACAACAUGUAAAGUAUCUGGAGAAUAAACAGCAUGUUUUCAGAGCACAGUGGCUGGAUAAACAAAAGCCUGUGUCAGUAAGCGCAUCGAUUUGAAAUUUGAACUUUUCCAGGUUAUUUUUUUAAAUGGUACUGUUUUUGUGUGUCUGAAAAAUAUACUGUUGGUCAUUUUUUUAAUGUGUUGUGCAGCUAAAUGAAAAUUAUUUGAACAGUUCUGGUAUUUAUAAUUGUACUUUGCAACAUGUCUUAAGACAAUUCCUGUUUUUUCCCCGCAAGAUUUUUCAGUUUAAUAGGAAACUUUGAAACUGAUUUUUGAGGGUUUGGAGUAUUUAGCGUUGCCCUGUGCUUGACUGAGCGAUGGAGAUCUUUGAUGAAAAACGGAUAGAGCACUUGUUCUGGGCCGGAGCUGCUGCGGUACUCAAAGGUUAACAUUAUUUUUGUUUUAUUGUCUUGCUCUGAGUUUGUUACUUUGUGUUUGAUGCUCCUGUUCAUGUGGCUCUGCAUAACACAAGAGGUAAAGGCUGCUGCCAUCUUUGUGGUUA